AUGGGGCAUGUGGAGCCCGGAGCUUCAGGUUUGUAUGCGCACGGGUUAAAGAGGUACAUGGUUGUGGAUGCAGUUGUUUGUGACGUCAUUGUGAGUCUGGAGUUUCACAGUUCCCUUCUCUCUGGUACUGUAGUUCCACGGAAAGGCCUAGAAGAGGAGGAGAGCAUCGCUCCUUAUUUAACGGGAAACUCAAGAUUUCAUAAUCUCUAUCAAUCUGUCUUCAAAUUCACUGAUUUUUUCUUCUACCAGUUCAGAUCUGCUAAAACCAUACAUUUUGCUGGACAGCACAUCAGCGGAACACCUCACACUGUCAUGCCAGAAAUGGAACUCCUUGACCAACUCUUUACAGUUUUCCCCAUGGACCAUGAAUAUGGGAAGGUCUUUAGUCAUGAUUCACACAUUGAUGAAUGUGAGAAGAUACAUACAGGUGAGAAAACCCAUGAACGUAAUGAACGUUGGAACACCUUUGAUGUAGAUGAUCCACAUCCUCUACAACUGAAUAUACAUACUGGUAUGAAAUCUUGUAAAAGUAUGGAAUGUGAAAAUAUAUUUAAUUUUUAUGAAGACCUUAGCGUCCACGAGAAAACUCAUAAGGAUGAAAUGUGCUGUAAAUAUAAGGAACACGGAAGGACCUUUUCAGUAGUUGGAGAAAUGACUUCACUUCAGAAAAUUCAUGCUGGUGAGAAAUCCUAUGAAUGCAUGGUCUGUGGGAAAUUGUUUAGAGUGCAUGCACAACUUAUCCGACAUCAGAAAAUCCAUACUGAUGACAAACCCUACAAAUGUUUGGACUGUGGUAAGGACUUUAGAUUUCAUUCACAGCUAACUGAACAUCAGAGAAUUCAUACUGGUGAAAAACCCUAUAAAUGUGUGGUAUGUGAGAAGGUCUUUAGAAUUAGUUCACAACUUAUCGAACAUCAGCGAAUUCAUACUGGUGAGAAACCUUAUGUGUGUAAGGAAUGUGGGAAGGCUUUUGGAGUCUGUAGAGAACUUGCUCGACAUCAGAGAAUCCAUACUGGUAAGAAACCCUAUCAGUGCAAAGCAUGUGGAAAGGUCUUUAGAAAUAGUUCAUCCCUGAGUAGACAUCAGAGAAUUCAUACUGGUGAGAAGCCCUAUAAAUGUAAGGAAUGUGGGAAAGCUUUUGGGGUAGGUAGUGAACUUACCCGACAUCACAGAAUUCAUAGUGGUCAAAAACCUUAUGAAUGUAAGGAAUGUGGGAAGUUCUUUAGACUUACAUCAGCCCUUAUUCAACAUCAGAGAAUUCAUAGUGGGGAGAAACCCUAUGAAUGUAAGGCAUGUGGGAAGGCCUUUAGACACAGUUCAGCCCUUACUGAACAUCAGAGAAUUCACACUGGAGAGAAACCGUAUGAAUGUAAGGCAUGUGGGAAGGCCUUUAGACAUAGUUCAUCCUUUACAAAGCAUCAGAGAAUUCACACUGGUGAGAAACCCUAUGAAUGUAAAGAAUGUGGGAAGGCCUUUAGUUUGGGUAGGCACCUUACAUAA